CGGCUGAGGAGGGUGGCAGGUGUUCGGUUCAGGGAGACGCAUCGCCUCAGUCGGCUCUCCGAAGCCUCAACAGGGUGCCGGAGGAAGGAAGAACAACACGAAAACGGACUAAAACGGACUAAAACCACCGUGAGUACGCAGGGAGAACAAUGACACGUCUUUAAAGGAACCGUUUAUCUCUCCCGGACCGUUGAAGACUGGAUAAAAAGCAGAAGAAGAAGAAGAAGAAGAAGAAAAGCCCCAGUGUCGCAGCAGCAGCGGCAGCGAGAGGAACACGACCGUUGGUUCUUUCCCUCCACCCGACUGUUACUUUUUGGGCUUUAACUAACUCCCCUUCGCCCUCGCGGGGAGAGAUAUAAAACUACCGGGUGUCGCAGAGCAACUUGUAAUAUGCGUUUAUAUUCUAUCGUCCGCUAACCUGUUGUGUCAUUUUUGUUGUUGCUCCGGAGACUACUGGCGCGUUACGGCUCUCUGGUAUCCGAGGGAAGAGGACCCCCUCCCGGGAGAGUGGCGGAUCAUUUUGGACCCCGCGGCCACUUGGGAUAACAGUUAAUGCUAAUUUUUGGGGGGGAUUUCUUACUCCAGCUAACAGACAACAUCUCUCUCCAUCGCCAAUAGACUGUUUCUGAAUCCCCAGAAUCAAUUACUGGAAUUACGGGAUGUAUUUGCCUCUCAACGGUUAACGUGAAAUGAUCCGCGGGACAAAUCCCCCCAGAGGAGACGUCUAAACGAGCGCGGAUUUGUGGUUUGAUAGAAUAGAAUAAGCCGAUAAGUCCACAAAAUAAUACUCUCAAAUGUAUUAAUUCCUCGCUUUAUACGGAUACAUCCAGAUGAAAAUGAGGUAUCGCAGGACGGAGAGACACACGGACUCCGCCGCCGCCGCAGAGAGAGAGCACCGGGCCGUCGCACCGUGAAGCCCGACACCAGCGAGGGGAAGUCUGCGGAGGGUGAGAGCGGGAGGACGGGUCGGUGAAGUCCCGGAGCUUCACGAGCGCGGACUUACUCUGGUUUCAGAGAGAGAGAGAGAGAGAGAGAACGAGAGAGAGAGGUGAAGCAGCGGAGCACAAGCCGACUCUGUUGGUCCCUUCUCCCGCCGGAUGAACCGGGGAGUGUGCGGCGGUCCUGAGGGGUCUCCGGAGCGCCUGGAGGGACCCGCGGCGGCAAUGGGCCGACAGAAGAUGCCGGAGACGGGGUCGGGGCCGCGGACGGCCCGGAGCCGGAGCUCGUGUCCGCCGCUUUUUUUCCUGCUGCUCCUUCUGGGAAGCUGCUGCCACAUGUUGCACGGACAAGAGGUCGCUCCCUACCUGCGCGGGGGUGGGCUGAGGCAGCAGGUGGUGUUGGAGGGGAACCGGCUGGUGCUGACCUGCCUGGCUGGAGGCAGCUGGCCCCUGCAGUACCGCUGGACGCUCAACAACACCAACGUCACCGACUGGACGCCGCGCUACAGGUUGCCUCUGCUCUCUCUGAAGAGGACGGACGCCGGGCUGUACCAGUGCACGGUGAGGAACCGGAUGGGAGCCGUCAUCCACCGGAGGACCGAGGUGCAGGUGGCCUUCAUGAGGAACUUCUCCGCCGAGGAGCAGAGGAAGACGACGACUCAGGGCCGAGCAGCCGUCCUCAGCCAGCCUCCCCUCGCCUCCUUCCCCCGGCCCCUGGUCACCUGGUACAAAGACGGACACAAGAUCAUCCCCAACAACCGAAUUGCAAUCACAUUGGACAAUCAGCUGGUCGUCUUGGCAACCACAGCAGCCGACGCCGGGCGCUACCACGUCGAGGCGGUGAACGAGAGGACGGGGGAGAACGUGACGAGCGCCGCCGUGUACCUGAGCGUCUCAGUUGGCAAGAAGAACCGCGGGUCAACAGAUCCAGAGUCGGAGCGCGUUGCCCCGGCGAUUGUGAUCGGACCCAGAGACACGACGGUGGUGGCGGGCAGCGGCGAGGCGACGCUGGAGUGCAUCGCUAAUGCCAGACCGAUCGACGGCCUCGUGGUGGCGUGGAGACGCGAUGGCCGCCGUCUGGCCAGUGGGCGUCGGCUCGUUAUUCCGGCCCCCAACUCCUCUGACACGGGGUUAUAUGUUUGCGAGGCGUUGCUUAGCAACAGCACUGCCAAACCUGUGGAGGCAAGGGCACACCUCACUGUGAUGGAGCUGCCUUCUCUCACGGCUCAACCCAAGAGGAAGAUCCUCGCUGACCUCGACAGGAACGUGGAUAUCCCCUGCCUGGCUACAGGCGUGCCCCCGCCCCGGAUCGAGUGGUACAAGGACGCCGUGCCGCUGUCCAAGCUGGCCAACCCGCGCUACAAGGUCGCCUCGGCCUCCGGGCUGACGGUGCGCCGCGUGCAGCCGGGAGACGGAGGCGUGUUCCAGUGCUUCGCUCGCAACGCCGCCGGAGAAGCUCAGGCGCACGCGCAACUCCUCGUGUCGAGCGUGCACCCCGCGCUGACCUCCCCUCCCUUCGACCAAACGGUGACCGACGGGACCGCGGCCGUGUUCGCGUGCCAGACCGACGGCGCUCCCAAGCCCGCCAUCACCUGGAGGAAAGGAGCCCAGGUGUUAGCGAGCGGCUCGGUGCAGGUGCCCCGGUUCACGCUGCUGCAGUCGGGCGGUCUGCAGAUCCAGCCGGUCAGCUUCCAGGAUUCAGGAGAGUACACAUGCGUCGCCUCCAACUCCGAGGGAACCGUCAACGCCACCUCCACGCUCACCGUCUGGACCCGUACAGUCAUCUCCGUGCCUCCCACAGACCAGCGUGUCAUCAAAGGAACCACCGCCACACUGGACUGCAAUGCCACACAUGACCCCCGGGUCAACAUCAGCUUCCGGUGGGAUCGAGGUGGCGUGCUGGUCCGGCCCACCAACGGGGGCCGGGUGUCCAUACGCCGGGGCUCUCUCACCAUUGGCCAGACGUGGUCAGGUGACAUCGGGGAUUACACCUGUACCGUGACGUCGCAGUCGGGCAACGACUCUCGCUCCGCGCGCCUCGAAGUCAUAGAGCUGCCGCACUCCCCUCGCUCCCUGGCGGCCGGCCUCAACGACUCCGACUCCCGCUCCGUCCUCCUGUCCUGGCUGCGGCCCUUCGACGGGAACUCCCCUCUCCUGCACUACCUCCUGGAGCUCUCCGAGAACAACUCGCCGUGGAAGGUCUACCUGCCGGAGGUCGACCCGGUGCUGACCGAGGUGUCGGUGGGCGGGCUCACGCCGGCCAGGACCUAUCAGUUCAGGCUCUGUGCGGUCAAUCAAGUGGGCCGGGGUCAGUACAGCGCCGAGACGCAGAGAUUGAUGCUGAGGGAGGAGGUGCCCAGCGCUCCCCCGAAGAACAUCGUGGCCAGUGGGCGGACCAACCAGUCCAUCAUGGUCCAGUGGCAGCCGCCGCCAGAGCUGCAGCUCAACGGAGUCCUCCGAGGAUACGUGCUCCGGUACCGUCUGGCCGGGCUGCCGGGGGACUACCAGGAGAAGAACAUCAGCAGCCCAGAGACCAACUACUGCCUGCUGAAGGACCUGAUCAUCUGGACCCAGUACCAGAUCCAUGUGGCGGCCUUCACCGGCGCCGGCCUGGGCGUCUACAGCAGCUCCGUCACCGAGUACACGCUGCAGGGAGUCCCCACAGCGCCGCCGCAGCAAGUGGAAGUUGUCGCCAUCAACUCGACGACCAUCCGCUUCACGUGGAACCCGCCGCCUCAGCAGUUUAUUAAUGGCAUCAACCAGGGGUACAAGCUGCACAUCUGGCCGGAGCAGGCUCCGCGGGACGUCGUCGUGGUGACCAUCACCCCGGACUACCCCAGUUCACGCCACACGGGAUUGGUCAGCGGGCUCAAGAAGUUCACCUGGUACUUUGGCUCCGCCCUCUGCUUCACCACACCUGGAGACGGCCCGCGGAGCCCGCCCGCGAUGCUGCAGACGCACGAGGACACACCUGGACCCAUUCGCCACCUGAGCUUCACGGAAAUCUUGGACACGUCACUCAGAGUCAGCUGGGCGGAUCCUGAGGACAAGAACGGCAUCAUCAUCGGCUACGUGUUGUGGUGGGAAGUUUCUGGCGCCGAGUCGAGUCGUGAGGAACGUUCGCUGUCAAACGCCACCCUGCGGUACCAGCUGACCGGACUCACCUCCACCACCGCCUACGCUCUACAGGUGGCGGCGCUCACCGCCGCGGGGCGGGGCGUGGUCACACCCUCCACCAUCUCCACCGGCGUCCCACCAGAACUUCCUGGUGCACCAUCUAAUGUAGUCAUCUCCAACAUCAGUCCCCGGACCGCGACACUUCGGUUCCGCCCUGGUCUCGAUGGCAAGACGGUCAUAUCACGAUGGGUCGUGGAAGGCCAGGUGGUGAAGGAGGACGCACAGGACGAGGCGUGGAGAGUUGUCUUCGAGAAAGAAAACCAGCCGGAUGCCGACGCGCUGGAGAUCCCUGACCUCAUGCCGUUCACCCAGUACAGGUUCAGGAUCCGGCAGGUGAACGUUGUCGGCUCCAGUGCGAUGAGCGCCCCCUCCAGGCUGAUCCAGACCCUGCAGGCCGCCCCUGACACCCCCCCCUCUAACCUCACGCUGCUCUCUGCCACGCAGACCAGCCUGCGCUUCAACUGGAAGCCUCUUCCAGAGUCCGAGUACAACGGCAGCCCGGAGACCGUGGGGUACCGGCUGAGACUGUGGCGGACGGACGGCCAGGGGGAGGACCGGACCGAGGACGUGGAGCGAGCGGGGGGGGCCGGUGAGACCACGGUGGAGGGCCUGAAUCCCUGGACCCAGUACCAGGUUCAGAUACAGGCCUACAACUCCAUCGGACCGGGACCGUGGAGCGACACGGCGGCCGCGCUCACGGCAGAGUCUGUUCCAUCCGGGUCUCCAGUGAACGUGAGCGCGGAGGCCGUGAGCUCCACCAGGAUCCUCCUCAGGUGGUCGGCUCUCCCUCAGGCCCAGAAGAAUGGAGUCAUACUUGGAUACAAGGUGCUGUACAGCGAAAAGGACUCCGAAGGGCCCCCCAGGGAGCAGGUGGCAGAAGGAGAGGGCGGGGCCACGCUGCUGCUCGCGGCGCUCCGCAAACACUCCGUGUACGUGCUGCGGGUGCUGGCGUACACGCGGGUGGGCGGCGGCCCACAGAGCCAUCCCAUAAUGCUCCGAACCAAAGAAGAUGUCCCAGGCCCCCCUGUCAGGAUGGUGUUUCCAGAAGUGCGGUUGUCAUCCGUUCGGGUGGUUUGGCAGCCACCCACGAACCCCAACGGCCUCAUAUUAGGCUACCAGAUCUCGUACUGCCUGGACGGCGGGGACCCCCGGCGGUGGACCACGGUGGAGGUGGGGUCCAACGCGCGGCAGUUCACCGUCACGGGCCUCUCCCCCGAGCAGGCCUACGUCUUCAGACUCACCGCUCGCACCGCCGUGGGCUGGGGCGCGGAGCAGGAGGCGCUGGUCGUUACCACUGAGCGCCGAGAGCGCCCGCAGCCGCCCAGGAAGUUGGCCGCUCCUCAGGACGGCGUUGAAUCUCGCCAUCUCCGCCUCCACUGGGUGACGGGGGGCUCGGGCUCCUCGCCGCUGCGGUACUUCAGCCUGCAGGCCAAAGAGCUGCCCGGCGGGGACUGGAGCACACACACGGCGGACAUCCCGCACAACGUGACCGCCUGGACCGUCGACAGGCUGAAGCCUUUCACAUCGUACAAGUUUCGGAUGCUGGCCACCAACGACGUCGGAGACAGCGUCAUCGGCAAAGAGACGGAGGCGGUGACGACUCUACAGGAUGUGCCUGACGAGCCCCCAGUCAUCCUCGCGGUGAAACCAACAACCACGACCUCGGUGCUGGUGCAGUGGAAGCGCCCCGAUGACGACGGUAUCAACGGGGUGUUGACCGGCUACCGGCUGUAUUACCGAGAGCUCCCGGUAAACACCUCCACUUUAGCUGAAGCUGAGGUCCAGGCAACCAAGAACAACACCACGAGUGCCCUCAUCACGACCAAGAGCACUUUCAAGACGGUGAGCAGCGCGUCGCUGACGGAGUUUGAGUUGACACAGCUGAAGAAGUUCAACCGCUACCAGAUCGCCAUGACCAGCUACAAUAUCAUCGGAGAGAGCCCGCCCUCCUCGCCGGUGGAGGUGUCGGUCGGUGAAGCCGCUCCCUCGGUGGCCCCUCAGUCCAUCAGAGUGUCCGCUGUGUCUGCCUCCAUCCUGGAAGUAACCUGGGACACCCCCCCUCUGGAGACCCAGAAUGGACUCAUCCAAGGAUACAAGAUCCACUACUGGGAGAGGGACCAGCAGAACCAGAGUGAGACAGUGAAGGUGAUUUUUGUCCCGGACACCCGCGUGCUCCUCAGCAACCUGACCAGCUACACGCCGUACCUGGUCACCCUGACGGCCUUCAACACGGCGGGGGACGGCCCGCCCAGCGACCCCCGCGGGGCCCGCACCCUGCAGUCCGCUCCCAGCAUGCCGAGCUUCCUGUCCUUCACCGAGGUGACGGGGGGGAGCGUCAACGUGUCCUGGGGAGCGCCGCUCACCCCUAACGGACAGCUGGAGGGCUACAGGGUCGUCUACCAGCCCACCGCUCCCGUUCAAGGAGUCAGCAAAGUGGUGACGGUGGACGUGCGGGGCAGCUGGCAGAGAUGGCUGAAGGUCCGAGACCUCGUCAAAGGAGCGACGUACGCGUUCAGCGCCCAGGCGCUGACCGUCAGCUACGGACCGCCGAUACGGGCCAACGUCAGCGCUCAGCCGGUCCAAGGCUCCCCCGGGUCUCCCGUGGAGAUGUCCAUCACCAAGACGUCCGCCGCGCUCACCGUCCAUUGGUCGGAGGGAGAAGCGGGCGCGGCGCCGAUCACCGGCUACGUGAUGGAGGCGCGGCCGUCAGAUGAAGGCGUGUGGGAUUCCUUCAUCAGGCUCCUCCCCCCCAGCAGCAGGUCUGUUUCUGUCCCUCUGGAGCGCCUGAGGUCUGGGAUCAGCUACGAGUUCAGAGUCAUCGCUGUUAAUCGCUAUGGUUACGGACAGCCGAGCACACCCUCCGCCGCUCUCGCUGCGCUGUCGGAGCGCCCGUUCUACGAGGAGUGGUGGUUCCUGCUGGUCAUGGCUCUGGUGGGCCUCAUCCUCAUCCUGGUGGUGGUCUUCACGCUGCUGCUGCGCGGACACGGCAACAAGUACCAGGCCUGUGGCUCAGGGAAGAACGCCUCCACGGCGGAGGAGUCGGUGACGCUGGACAACGGAGGCUUCACCGCCCUGGAGCUCAACAGCCGGACGCUCAACACCAAGAACUCCUACCUGAAAAAGAACGGUACCAGGUCUCCUCCCAGGCCGAGUCCCGGUGGUCUUCACUACUCCGACGAGGACAUCUGCAACAACUACAACGGCGCCGCGCUCACUGAGAGCACCACGCUGACGGAGAAGCCCGCCGAGGUCUCCGAGUCCGAGUUGACGGACAGCGACUACGAAGACGAGCAGCCCAAGCACUCCUUCGUCAACCACUACAUGAGCGACCCCACCUACUACAACUCCUGGAAGCGGCAGCCCAAGAGCCUGAAGCCCGCCGGCGCCCCCUUCGGCUACGAGGAGUGCGCCACCGCCGACACGGAGCCGUUCUACCAGACGGUGGUGACGCAGCACAGCGCGGGCGGCGCCUACACGCCCACGGGGCAGCCGGCGCUCACGCACGCCAACGCCAACGCCAACACCAACACCAACACCAACACCAACCCCGCCCCGGGGUCACGCACCCCCGUGACGGGGUUCUCCUCGUUCGUCUGACUCUGGAGAGAAAAUCUGCACAAAAUGAUAAACAUGCACACACACACACACACACACACGUACACAAAAUGAAGGAGGGGGAGGGGUUUGGACUAAAGGACAUGGAGGCGAGGAGGAGGCGAGGAAACGAGGAGACGGACUGGUGCCCCAAAGAACUCGACCUACACUUCUCACCUUAGUUCACAAAGAUCCUCACCGCGUCGACGAGUGUGUGUGAGUGUGUGUGUGUGAGUGUGUGUGUGUGUGUCGCCCUCCUGUCCUUUCACGCCUCCGUGUCGCUGUGUUUACACACACACACACAUUCACAACGGCGUGCACCACCAGAUCUCCACGCCUGUUCCAGGGACUGCGUGGGCUGAUGGAACGUGGAGUCUCCGGAUAUAUAUUUACACUGAAGUGCACAAAUCCACACACACACACACACCCAGCCAAGUUUCAAGUUUUUUUAUUGUCACAUCCCCUUUUAUACAAGUAUAAUCGGUUCGUGAAAUUCUUAUGUGCAAAACACCCGACAGCAGUAGCAGACUAAAAAAAGAAUAAGAAUGAGAAUAAACUAUACAAUAUCCACACACAAAAAAGAAGAAAGUAUUAACAAUAUAUAUAUAAAACAGUGUAAUAGAAUAUACAUCAUGACAAUAUAUAUAUAUAAAACAAUGUAAUAAAAUAUACACUUUUUCAAGGUCAAAGGGAAUCGUGAGAAGGGAGCAGCUCUCUGUCGACGGACCGGUUCACGUACACAAGCACGGAGCUGCCAGCUUUAAAACACCACCGGAGGAGGAGGAGGAGGAGGAGGAGGAACACUGAAAAACGAUCAAUAAUCCGAGUUUUUGAACUCGCUCGAGGACGGAGAGCGAGCGGCGGUUGUUGUUUUUUUCUUCAGACCUGGACGCAUUCUCAGUGAGAGUGCAGCGUGGAGUGUGAGGGCGCUGUGUGACGUUCGGGGUUUGGUUCGGAAUCUAUGAAAACCAUGUUUUUUUUACCCGUCUACUGCCUGUCGUCAGCGCUCCUCAUCCCACAGCCUGCCGAGCCAUACCGCUUGCACCGGGCCGAACCCCCCCACCCCCACACACACACACACACACACACACGCGCGCAUUCUGUCUCCCGUCGAAGUUUUAUUUUUUGUACAAGUCCGAGUGUGACACGUGUGCGUACAAGCAUGCCGUGUAUAAAUGGCCUCCGCGUCGAGCUGGAGAAGCCUGUUCACCCGCCGCCGCCGCCGCCGCUCACCGCUAGGAGCAAGGCGUGCCAUCGUGUGUGUGUGGGUGUGUGUUUUUAAGAUGGAUAUUUUGUACAGUUUUACCGGUGCGCUGUGUACCGGCGUGUACUUCAAAGCAGGAGCGAGUCCUCGGCUACACGCCGACGGAGGAGGAGGAAGAGGAGGAGGAGGAGGAGGAGGAGAUCGCCCAACGAGGAUCAUGAAACAUAAAUGAGCUGCCUGAGUGCGGAACAAGGUUUCAGGACAUUUUAGAGAACCGCGUUGUUCUUCAAACCGAGUGCGAUUGAACUUUGAAUCAUGUCCGCGGCCCGGCCUCCGGCCGCCACACACACACAUACACUUUGUACCGAGUGCAAACCCCCAACAAAUAUUAAGCAUCUGUGACUUUUUUGGGCUCAUGUAUCAUUUCAAAGAGUCGUCCUCCGUCCUCCCUCACUCUCGUCACGCAGGUUCUGAGUCCCAUUACAGUGUGUGUGUGUGAAUAAACGGUCAUUGUUUAA